GUCGUUUAUAUCUCCAACAGUCCCCCAUAAACGACGCGCAUUUGUCUGCCGUAUCCGAGUUCCAAACGAUAACGCAGAGUCCGAGUGCGGAGGUGAAUAAUGUUCUGGGGGAUUAUGGAAAAUUAUUUAAAAUGAUAAUGAGUUUCGGUGGUGUUCGUUCGCGCAUGGUGUCUUCUCUUCGCCGACAGCGCAGCGUUCACGGCCCUUGAUCUCGCACAUUCCCAUCAGUGUCACGCAUGCUGUUUUGCCAAGUAGCUCGUUCUGGGGAGCUGGCGUCUUAUCUGGGUAGGGGGGCCUACUAUCUUGGCUCUCUCUCUCCCUCAAUUAGCAGAUUCUGGCUCGGCGCUGCACCCCUCGAAGCGCUAUCACACAACAAAUACCUCUUCCCGAAAGACGAAGCUGACACUAUUUCCGCUUUUCUCACUCCGAUGCUCCAAUUGCAUCCCGAGCGGCGGGCCAAGGUGUUUGAGCUCGUGUACCACACCUGGCUGGAUCUAUAACGGUGCAAGGCGAGAUCAACAUCAUCCGCAUUGCUGUAUAUGAUUGGGCAAAGCGAAUUUUCUGGUCCUUCCAGCUCUCCUCCUCGUCAUCUACAUCCAUCCGUAACAUCCUCGUCCUCCUCAUCGUCUUCCUAUUGUUGUCCCUGAUCUUAUCUCCCUUAUAGUGAAAGAUAUAAUAGAUUCAGUUU